GAACAGUUCCUUUUAUUUUAUGUUUAGGUUUCAUGUUGUAGAUCAUGUCUCAGUGUUUCUACACCUAAACAAGGUGUGGUUUCCACGCCCACAUCACACAGUUUCUGUCUCACACGAUAAAUCUUUGUAGACACAUUUAUUCGUUACACAGGUCUCUGUUUCAGUUUUUCAGUCAGUGUCAUUGAGUCCUAUCAGGGAUCUACUAAGGUACAGUGUGACUUUAACAAGACAGGAUCUGUAACGAUAAAUAUACAAAAGGAAAUAAUCAGCUGGGACUUUAUUGUUGUUGUUGUUGUUUAACUGGAUCACUACAUUACACAUUAUUGUACAUGUAGCUCCUGUGGUACAGAGUAGACGGAUAAACAGCAGUCGAAUGGAUCAGCUGAACUUUAUAACUCAUGACGAGUUGGUUAGUUUUUUUCGCCGUAAGAAGGCGGAGAUCUCUUGUAUGGAGGAACCUCACAUCUUCCUGAGGCAGCUCCGAGACCACGACCUGGUGCCUGAGGAUCUCUACAAGAAGGUAACAAAGAGAAGAAUUAAGAAGAGAAUAGAGGAAGGUGUUUAUGAGAUUUUGGACAGUUUGGAGAAUGAGGGAGGAGAGUUCAUCAAGCGCUUUUGGAGUUGUGUGUUUCAGGACCACAUCCUGCAGAAAUACCCUGUUUUCCGCGCUCUCCGAAACAGCAUCCAGGACGGUUCCUUUAGGAAUUAUAUAAAGCUUCCUAAUGCAGAGAAUCCAAGCAGGAGAAACGAAGGUGAGAGACAAGGAAAGAAGCAAGCGCAAACGAAGAAGGCAAAAAAGAGAAAGAUGGCUGAUAAGAAGGCAGAAGAAGAUAAAGCAGGCCCUUCGUCAGGGUCCAGACAGAAGAAAGCGGCCAUGGAGCCUAAGUCCUCAUCGCUGUUACAUAGAGGAAAACGUCUUGUUACCUGCGGAGACAAAAGAGGCACAUUGGAUACAGACAAGCUUGCCAAAGGAGAAAAGUGCAUUCGUUCUAAGGAUCGGUGGUUCACCCCAGGUGAGUUUGAGAGAUUUUCAGGAAAGGGAAGUUGCAAGAACUGGAAAACCAGCAUCCGCUUCCAAAACACUACAUUACAGAAACUUAUAAAGGACGGUCAUCUGAAGUGUCCGAGGAUUUACAGACGUGGACGAUCGAAGGACGGUCAUCUGAAGUGUCCGAGGAUUUACAGACGUGGACGAUCGAAGAGUCCGAUGGUUUGUUUCAGCUCUGUGAAAAGCUCCAGCUCUCAGUCAGUAUCCAGUGGAGAGACUGAUGAAUCCAGUGAUGAGUGCAUAAUUGAUGAUGAUGAUGAUGAAGAAGAAGAAGAAGAAGAAGAAGAAGAAGAAGAAGAAGAAGAAGAAGACAGCGACACAGCACAUUUGUCAACAUUCCUGACUUUACCAGUCAGCUGUGGAUCUGUCAGUGGGGUUUUAUAUAAAAGCAGAUUUUCAGGUGGGUCACGCAGUAAGAGCAUCCGCACAGAGGAGCGCUGGUUCACUCCUGAGGACUUUGUAAAGCAGGAGUUAACUCUGACAGACAGACACUGGAAGAAAGAUAUUCUGUGUCACGGAAAAACCCUCAACUACCUGGUGAAGAAGAAGGUCCUGCAUAUCCACUCUGUGUUGUGCAAAUGUGAUUGUUGUGAUCCUACUGACCCGCUGGCUCAGAAUAACGACGACGUCUGCUUCAUUUGUGACUCUGACGGAGAUGAUGACGGAGAGCUGGUGUGCUGUGACGAGUGUCCACGAGCUUUCCAUAAGGACUGUCACUUACCACCUUACCACAACGACUCUAACGGGGAUAAAUGGAUGUGUACUUUCUGCGUAUGCAAGAUUAACCAGCGAACGUGGAGUGACAUGAGACUGGAACAAGCUUUUAAAAGUCCUAUAAACCAAAACAUUAUGCGCUGUGAGUAUUUGCUGUUGUGUUUGUAUAAGGAGGACGUGAGCCGUGUGUUUACUAAAGAGCCCUUAACAACCGUGUCGGGAUACAGCAGUGUGAGGUCUAAUCCCAUGUGGCUGGACAGAGUCAAGGACAAACUGCAAAGAAAAUUGUACACCACAGUGGGAGAGUUUGUAGAUGACAUCAGGCUUGUCUUCCAAAACUGGCAAACUUUUAACUGGGAUAAAGAUGUCUGCAUGUUGGGAUCCAGACUGAGCGAGAUCUUUGAGCAGAAGUUCCACACCUGCUUUAAGAUCCAGUAGAGAGUCUCCUGUUUCACCAAACUGCACCUGAUUGUUCUGUUUACAAUCAAAACACAAAGAAUCAUCAGAGGAAUAUCAAAGACUAUGCACUGUAAAAAAUAUGAAGUUUAAAAAUUUAGUUAACUUGCUGCAAAGCAAUUUUGAGUUUACUUAACCCUCUUAACCUAUUUUCCUCCUAUGCAAAUAAGGACCGCCGAGUCAAGUUGACCUUGUCUAUUUUGACUACUUAUAAUAAAUGAAGUAUAUAUGAUAACCAUUUUUUUUCACCUUUUUAGUCUAACUUGUUUCCAACAUAUUAACAUAUAUUUUGCAAAAACAAAUAUAUUUGGUAUAAUAAACCUUAUUUAUAUCCAAAAAUGCCUAAUUUUUUAGUA